UAUAAACUCUGCCAGGUGCCAAAUUAUUUAGAUGCGAGUUCAAUCAGUGUGAUUCCCAUAAACAAACUAAUAGGCUACUAUUCAGCGGAAGACGUCAACAGCUCAUAUCAUGAUGGAGCUGGAAGUAAUACGGAUGUCUGGAGAAACGAGCUGUCUGACUGUGGACAGCAACGCCACAGUUGGUGAGCUCAAGCAGCGCAUAUCGGAGGUCUUCAAAGAUCACCCUUCUGAGCAGAAACUUUCUGCUAAUAACGGUCACCGAAUCGACCUUGAAGACGAUUCCAAAACCCUCAGUAGUUACGGGAUACCCUCAGGAUCCACUGUAGCUCUGUUCAUCACGGACCCUAAACCAUUUCAGGUGUUCGUGAAGAACGUGAAAGGCUUCAUAGGAACGUACGAUGUUUCCAUCAAUGAGACCGUAGAUCAACUUCAGGCAAAGAUCUUCAACAAAGAAAGAGUCCCUGUGGAUCAGCAGAUGCUGACUUGCAACAGUUGUCCCCUGGAGGCUGGAAAAAAGUUGCAAGAUUAUGACAUCAAACCUCGCAGCACCAUUCAAAUGACUCUGCGACUCCGAGGUGGUUCAUGAAGAAAAAUAACUCACAUUUUUUUGUUGUUGUUGUAUUGAUUAAACGUGCCACAGUAGGCAAAAUAGUCCUAAAAUGUAUCUGUUCAAUCAUAGAAGGUUAAGAAGUAAAGACUAAAGCACUUUUUGUUUGUCGCUCUAGAUCAGGGGUGCCCAAUACGUCGAUCGCAAUCUACCAGUCGAUCGCAAAGGCAAUGCUGGUAGAUCGCACACAAUUUUAAUACAAAUAAAUUUUAUGUCUUUCCUUCUUUUAGUUUCUGUCUGACUUGCACUUGACGAGUAAAUAUUGACCAGGCUAUGUUUUGUUUAUUCAGUUGCCAUGACAACUAGGUUUGCGCAUACUCGCCUUCAAAUGACUUCUGAGAACAGAGCGCGAAAUUGCGAUAGCCUACAACUGCCCGGAUUAGGCAAAACUGAAUGAAUCAGACAGUUUUGCCUAAUCCGGGCAGUAGCAUCGCAAUUUCGCGCUCUGGUCUCAGAAGUCCUUGGACUUGUUUAGUUUUAAAACUGAAUGAUAUCAACAUUUAACAUUAUUAUAUAUGUUUUUAUUAAUUAGAAGAUGAAUUCCAUUUAGGGAUACAUGCAGUAUUCCCAACAAGCAUUUUCUUAUUUGAAAUGAAACUGUGUUUUUUUAGUUGGUAGAUCUUACUGAGUUGGUCAUUUAAAAGUAGAUCAUCACUCUAGAUAAUCACUCUGCUCUAGAUAAUAGCGGGGAUCCUCUAUAUAGAAAACAACCUCCGCGAUUUUACCACAGGAGAGAGUGUAACGGUCAACUAGCAUGUUACGACAAUUAGUCACCGUUUGCGGAUACCAUACAAAUGAAUGGGGAGAGUCGUACCUGUCGCAAAAUUGUUUCCUCUUAUAAUACAGCAUUUAUCUUAGUAAACUCCACACAUUAUUUCCAAAAAAUAUUGUUUAGUGUAUAACAUGUUGAAGAUUACCGGACAGGUGGUCAUUUCAUUAAAUGAUUAGCUGUUUCCACACAAAAGCAGUUUAUUCAGCGUAAUGAAGUAUCCAGACAUGCAUAGAUAAAAGUAAAUUAAAAAAAAAAAAAAAAGGCCGGUCAGUGUACCGCCCUAGAAUGUAUAUGAGAUCACCGACUUAUGCUAUUAUAAGCUAGGGCGCAGUCACACAUACCUUAGCACGGCAUCAUCAAAAUUCCGCGGGCGAAAUUACAAUCAUCUUAAUGGGAAUCCGCGUGAUCGCGAAUUUCGCUCGAUGGAUGUCCGGUGGCGAAAAAUCUCCCUUUGCGGAGUUCGCAUGAAGGUGAACUUUGCAGCGAACUUUCGCUGCGUUGACCAAUAAUAAGUUGAUUGGUUUGGUAGUGACCUCUGAGUGGGCAGUGCUUCGACACAGAUAAACGAGUGUGUUAUGCGGAAUUAAUAAGAAGCUGUUUGGCAGUUACAUUUGGCUGAAUUCAAGCGCGCUCAACAUCCGGCCAUGCCAUCUUCGCCUGUGGAAUUUAGCUGUGCAAAGGGUAUGAGUGACCGCGCCUUUAGCUUGUAAUGUCCCGUUUUUAGAAGGAUUCUAAUAAGAGUGUCUGCUUUAAAUGUAAAUGUAGUGUAAGUUAUAGGCCUAUUUCACUCAGUAGUAGCAGAAUGUUGAGUUAAAAUCUGUUUUGUGAAUUUUGAUUAACCCAGAUAAUACACGUAUGCCUCUGAUAUGUUUGUUUUAGAUAUUUUCAUCUGAAAAUCAUCACAUUCUAAAUAACAUCUGCCAAAACAAACACACCCCUCCCUUCAGUGCUCCUUUGGAAGCUUCACCCCCAAAAUUUUACACACCAGCUCCAGCCACUCACAACUCUCCUGCUACUAAAUAUAACAUCACAACAACAGCAUAAAUGGGUUCUGUGAAACAUUGCUAAAUUUAUGUUACCCACCUAUCGAGAAGAAAAAGAGCAACUUCUGCAUCCGUCUUCAAGCCUUUUACCUCUUACUUAUUUACCUCCACUGUGAAAAGCCUCGCCGAUGUUGACGCGGCUCCUAGCCCUCGACUUAUCAUAAUCCUUCUUUUUUAACUUGCAUUCAUCUGACCAUUUUUAUCUUGAUCUGUUUUUAAUUUGUCCUCCUUGGAGUUUAAAAAGUUCGCAUCAGCCAGAUUUGCCGUCGCUCUUCUAAUUAUUUCCCUCUUGCUCUGCCCCCCCCACCCCCUGUUGCUGAAUGGCUGUAGUAGUGUUGUGUGGAUCGAGUCCGAUCCACUUUGUUUUUGUUCCAUUUACAGAGCCAGGGCUGUAUACAAAUACUAUAUUUUUCUUACAGCCCACCCACAGAAUGGACAGCUAGCAGAUUGUGAGGAGAUAUUUGGCAGAAUUUGACAAAAAGUGUACUGGAUUACAAUUAGUGUGUGCACCUUUAAAAAGAUCAGAUUUACAAACAUUCUUAAUCAUAAACAUCUCAAAGACAUCUAGUGAAUGUCUUAUUGACAUACGAGAGGAAACGUCUUUUAGACGUAUUGCAGAUGAGUAAACAACCGUAAAAAAUAUAUCUUCCAGAUGUAAACACACAUCAAAUAGACGUCUACUGUGACGUACGUGUACUAUCAGGAAUGCAACAAUUGUAUUAAUACAUGGAAUAAGCUAAAUUAUGCCUUUAUGUAAUAUAUUUGUUCACUUUUUAUGAGUGAUGUUGAAUUAUAUUUUGUCUUGAAAAAUAAAAAUGU